UAUCACCAAAAAAGUCACAGGAUCUACUGUUCAAGAAACACAAAUUUAAUGAUGAACGCAAGGUUGAACAUAUACAGUCACCAAAGCCGAAAGUAAGAACAGUAAAACCAGUGGACACCAAAACAUUUGCCGACAAACUAGAGAAGGUAAAUCCACAUGCCUGUUGGCUUCUAUCAACAUAUAAGACUGUUCAGUCAUCAGAGCCAAUUAAAAUAAUUUCAGUGACAAAGUGUUACCAUGACCAUGUUAAUUUGGAUUCUGACACAGUGAAAAAUGAGCUCAAAGAAGAAAUGAACAAGAUCAUAGUGUCACAAGCAGAUAUUGAAAGAAUUGAAAGUCAAACUAAAGGACAGGCUAAAAAUGAAAAGUGGCAUCAAGCCAGGAAAAAUCUUUUGACUUCUCCCAAUUUUGGUCUUGUAUGCAAAAAAAAGGACAAUACUCCACCAGAGUCUAUUCUGAAGACAGUGCUAUCCUACAAUGACUUUUCAUCAAAGGCUACUCAAUGGGGAAGAAAACAUGAGCCUGCAGCAAGGAGGAAAUACUCAUUAACAUUUGGUAAGGCACAUGACAAUUUUAAAGUCAGUGAAUGUGGACUUUUGAUAUUUGAAGAUAUGCCAUAUCUGGGUGCAAGCCCGGAUGGACUUGUAGAGUGCACCUGCUGUGGGAUGGGGAUUCUCGAAGUGAAGUGCCCGUUCAGAUAUAGAUUUCAAAGCCCUAUGAUGGCUGCCAAGGACCCAAGCUUUUAUUUAAAUGAAGUGGAUCAGAAAUUACAAUUAAAGAAAAACCAUAACUAUUAUUUUCAAGUCCAGGGGCAAUUAGCCAUUUCAGGCAGAAAGUUCUGUGAUUUUUUUGUUUGGACUUUACAGGGAUAUUCUGUUGAAAGGAUAUACUUUGACCCUCAGCUCUGGCAGGACAUGUCACAUAAACUUCAAAGUUUUUAUCUGAACUGCAUUAUGCCGGAGCUUUAUUCUGAACGAGUUAAACGUGGGAAACCUUUAAAGUGAAAAACAUUUGGAUGUAGGAAAUGUGUAUCAUAAAUGUAUCUUGUGAGAAACAAAACAACAGGAAAAUGCAAAAUUGUCAUAAUAUUGAUAAUCAUACCAUAUUGUCAAUUUGAUCUCAUUAUUUUUAUUUAAUUUGAUCUGAUCCAGUCUGUGUCUGUCAUUCUGUGACAUGUACAUGUAAUUAUUUAUUCAUUUAUCCAAGUUUUGUUGUUAUAUUAUGUGUAUGCUAUAUGUGUAAUUUGUUCUAGUCUGUUCAUGUGAUGUAAAUAUUUUUUUCUAGUCUGUUCAUGUGAUGUAAAUAAUGUUUUUUAGUCUGUUCAUGUGAUGUAAAUAAUGUGAUGUAUAAUAUACAUGUAGUAUUUAUUUAGAUAUAGUUAUAACAUGAAUAAGGUUUUUAUAACAUACAUCAUACACUGUGUGUUCAUAGUUCACACUGAAGUGCCAGUAUUAGUGCUGGAGUAUCUGAUAUGUUGGGCUCCACUGAAGUUUUUUGACCUGAUGGGACUGAAAAUAUUUUUUCCAGUUAAAUGUACCAUUUGGUGUAGUUUUAGACCACUAAUCUUUGUGCAAAAUUUCAGAUCAUUUGCGCAUUUUCGUUUUUCAAGAAUAAUUAUUCCAAUAUUGUAAAAAAUGACCAGCAUUUACACGUAAACGCUUUUCACUCAAAUCGGGCUUAUAAAAGCAUAAAAGUACAAUCUUCAAUUAAUUUCAAAGAAAAUGUCUUAACUAUCCUUGCAUAUAUUUCUGUUUAAAGCGCCCCAGGUCAUAUAUGUAAAAAAUUCAUAAGAAAUUCAAAUGUUAUGUUUUUAGACUUUUAAACUUCAGUGGAGUCCCUUUAAAGCUACAUGACUCCAGAUGAGCAAAAAUAUAAUAGGGUUUGUAAGCGAACAGCAUGGAUCCUGAUCAGACUGCGCGGAAUGGGUCGCAAGCCCAUUAUGUUGGUGUUGUCAUGACGCGGCUCAAAUGUAGUUUUUUUAAGCAAAUAAUUUUGUUCUCCUUUUUUGCAACAAAUCAAACAACAUGUCUGUAGACAGUCUAACUGAUGUUUUAUCUUCGCUUAUUUUGAAUAUUAAGUCAAUUUGAUAUUAUUUUGUCUAAAUUCAUGCUCUAAUCUGUGAUAAAGGAAAUAAGUCUAAAAAUUAUUUAUUCAAUUACUAAAGUUUUGUUAUCAUUUUGUCUAAAUUCAUGCUAUAAGCUGUGAUUAAGAAAAUAAGUCUAAAAAUUAUUUAUUCUAUUACUAAGUUUUGUCAUAAGCAGAUCAUGUGUUUACAAUUUGUUUAAUUUUUUCAUGUGAUGUAAAUAAUACACAUUAAUUUAUUCAAAUAUUAAUGUUUUGUGAUAAGCACAUGUAUAUCCCUCCUAAAUUGAUGUGAUUGAUGAACUAGUCUGUUUACAUGUAUGUGAUGU